AAUCAGGAGAAAAGUCGAUUGAAAAUUUGAAGACCGCUCGCAGCGCCAUUGUGCGGUGCUCAUAAGAAUAUUCCUUGUGACGCAAUAGGAACUCGUCCUUUCCGUCGACCUACCGUGAGUGGAACAUGUCGCAUACGUCUGAGCGAAGAAACGAUGAUCAAUGGGCAGGAGAUUCCAAAAAUGGUCCUAGUGAAAGUGAUCAACAGACAUACGAUGGCCCCCCUGGCAUGGAGCCCGAUGGGAUCAUCGAAUCCAACUGGGAUGUUGUCGUUGACAACUUUGAUGAAAUGAACCUAAAAGAAGAAUUACUACGUGGUAUUUAUGCUUAUGGCUUUGAAAAACCAUCUGCAAUUCAACAACGUGCCAUUCUGCCAUGUAUAAGAGGACACGAUGUGAUUGCACAGGCACAAUCAGGAACUGGCAAAACUGCUACAUUUUCAAUUUCUAUUUUACAACAAAUUGAUACCAAUAUCAAGGAAUGUCAAGCGUUGAUUCUAGCUCCAACUCGUGAACUUGCUCAACAAAUCCAGAAAGUUGUUAUUGCUUUGGGAGAUUUUAUGCAUGCAGAAUGUCAUGCAUGCAUUGGAGGUACCAAUGUACGUGAAGAUAUGCGAAAAUUAGAACAAGGUGUUCACAUAGUAGUUGGUACACCUGGUAGAGUUUAUGACAUGAUUAGUCGACGAGCAUUACGGGCCAGUAGCAUCAAACUGUUCGUAUUAGAUGAAGCUGAUGAAAUGCUCUCUCGUGGUUUCAAGGAUCAGAUUCAUGAUGUAUUUAAAUUAUUACCUCAUGAAGUACAGGUUAUAUUACUAUCUGCUACUAUGCCAACAGAUGUAUUAGAUGUAUCUACAUGCUUCAUGCGAAAUCCAAUUCGUAUUCUGGUUAAAAAGGAAGAACUUACACUAGAGGGUAUUAAACAGUUCUUUAUUUACGUUGAACGUGAAGAAUGGAAGUUUGAAACUCUUUGUGACUUAUAUGAUACAUUGAGUAUCACCCAGGCAGUUAUUUUCUGUAACACGCGGCGUAAAGUAGAUUGGUUAACGGAGAGUAUGCGCACCCGCGACUUCACAGUCUCUGCUAUGCAUGGAGACAUGGAACAAAAAGAGCGAGAUCUCAUUAUGAGGCAGUUCAGAACUGGAUCAUCUCGUGUUCUCAUAACAACUGACCUUCUAGCACGUGGUAUUGAUGUACAACAGGUUUCUCUUGUCAUCAAUUAUGAUUUACCUUCCAAUCGCGAAAAUUACAUUCACAGAAUCGGUCGAGGUGGUCGUUUCGGUCGUAAGGGAGUGGCAAUUAACUUGGUAACAGAUGACGACAAACGAACAUUGAAAGAUAUUGAACAAUUCUAUAAUACUAGCAUCGAAGAAAUGCCAAUGAAUGUCGCAGAUUUGAUCUAAAUCUGACUAUUGGCUAUAAUUCAUUAUAAUUAAAAAAAAAAAAAAUAAAAGUAAGUGACAUACGGAGCUCUCAGCUGAUCUCUCAUGGUGUGUGAGUAUAUAUAGAGUGAGUUGGUGAACUAUAAUCGCUUAUGUAAACGCGAUCUACCGAAAUAUUCCAAACGUUCUCAUCUCAAUUUCGUUUUAUAACAGUAGAUUACAGAAAUAGUUAUUCGUUACGCUAGACAAAAAUUAGUACUAUUAUAUUAUAAUUAUUACAAUUAUCACUACGGAUACUACUAUAUUUCUAUUCCUAUCACUAUUGCUCUUAACUAUUAUUACUGUUACUGGUAUAUACUCCUGCGCUACUCUCUUCUUGUUCAAUAUUUAUUACUACUACUUCUCCCGCUGCUAUUCCUACUAUAUAACUCUAUUCUUAAUAUCUCUCGUACCCCUAUUAUUAUUACUAUAAAUACCGGGAUUGCUGCAGUUUCUAAUACGAAUUAAUAGUAUUACCGCACCGAUAAAGAUACAAUCAUUGCGAUUGCUACUAGCGUGAGGUGAAGAAAGGGAGAAACGAAACUGAGAAGUGAGGCAAUUCAGCCAACUUCAGUUGUUCCUUUAGCUCUCUGUUCUUUCAAGACACAGAGAUAUCUUACAUUUUGCGUAAAUGCAUCUACAAUCUUAUCUAAUGUGCCCAAAUUCUAUUAUGAGUUUCAAAUCUUUUAUUUUGAAUCAUUUUAUUUCGUCUUCUUUCUUAUACAACAUUUCCAAUUGGAUGAUUUAUUCUAUGUUCUGUUGUCCCUCUUCAACACUUUUACCACCGCGAUUACAACGUGUUUGUCUAGGCAGAGGUUUAGUUGGGUAUUGGAAGGGGUACUUUAAUCACAAGCGUUGUCGAAGGAGAUGUACAUUCAGACUUUAGAUGAUAUGAAUUUUUUGUAUGUCCCAAAUCCUAAGUACAUACCUUCAUUAAGAAAUAAAGUGUUUGACCUUUUAA